UUAGAAACUGACAGCAUCUACUGUCUCUCCGUAUCCAAAAAGAGAAGAAACAAAAUCGCAUAACCAAGAAAUAGCAGCUGCCGGAAAAUGCUGACGUGUAUAGCUCGUUCGAAGCGAGCCGGCGAUGAAUCCUCCGGUCAAACCGACGAUUCGGAUUCCAAGCAAGCCAAAUCUUUAUCAUCUCAGCUCAAGGAUAUGGCUCUGAAAGCUUCCGGUGCUUACCGGCAUUGUACGCCGUGUACGGAGGGGCAAGCGCCGGGACCGAUCAAGAGCACUCUGGUGACGACAAAGUCUGAUCCCGAAUCGGAUCAACGGUUUAAGAUGCUGUACGGGAGAUCAAACAGCUCGAUCACAGCCACGGCGGCGGCGGCGGCGAUGCAGCAGCAACAGCCUAGAGUUUGGGGAAAAGAGAUGGAGGCGAGGCUGAAAGGGAUAUCGAGCGGAGAGGCGACUCCGAAGUCGGCGAGCGGGAGGAACCGGGUAGACCCGAUAGUGUUCGUGGAGGAGAAAGAGCCGAAGGAGUGGGUCGCUCAGGUGGAGCCAGGUGUUCUCAUUACGUUCGUGUCUCUUCCCGGCGGUGGAAAUGAUCUCAAGCGAAUACGUUUCAGCCGAGACAUGUUCAACAAGUUACAAGCGCAAAGAUGGUGGGCAGAUAACUAUGACAAAGUGAUGGAACUUUACAAUGUUCAAAAACUAAGCCGCCAAGCCUUUCCCCUUCCCACGCCUCCUAGAUCCCAAGACGAGAAGGCAAAAGUGGAGUACCAUCCAGAGGAUACUCCUACAACACCGCCUUUAAACAAAGAACGGUUGCCUCGCAACAUCCAUCAUCCAGCUGGGUUGGCUGCUUGCUCAUCUUCGGAUUCCCUCGACCACAGUUCAACCCAAAGCCGGCAGUUUAACGACUCUGGAAUACUAAACUCAACUCCUAAACUUUCAAGCAUAAGCGGAGCUAAAACAGAAACAUCUUCCAUAACAAGCUGCUCGUCCAGAGACGCAGACCGGUCAGAAGAGAUGUCAGUAAGCAAUGCGAGUGAUGUUGAUCAGAACGAGUGGGUGGAGCAAGAUGAGCCUGGCGUUUAUAUCACCAUUAAAGUCUUACCAUGUGGGAAAAGAGAGCUUAGAAGAGUCAGAUUCAGCCGAGAGAUAUUUGGGGAGAUGCAUGCGAGGGUAUGGUGGGAAGAAAACAGGGCAAGGAUACAUGAACAAUACUUGUGAAUUGUGAUCAUCUUCUGGUUUAGAUGCAUCAAACCGGUUUUGUGUUUUUUUAUUUAUUUCUCUCAUUCUCGGUAUACUGUUUAUUCCAAGCUGAAUUAAAAAGAGAACCCUUCCGCAGGCACUCCUUGUGCCUCCUAGUCACACAAAUUUUAAAUAUCAACUGCGGAAUAUGUUUAAGGAGGUUUCAUAUUUUUUUUCCUUA